CUCGCACGCGAGGUCAAUUUAGGUAUCCAGAGUAAACUCUUGUGUGGGGCGGAAAGAAAAAGUUAGGGUAAAGCCCCGCACGUCGCCGUCUCUCUUCCCCCAAUGGCACAGUGGAUCUCGUCGACGCCGUGCGACGCGUCCGGCUGCGAGGCGACAGAGGAAGCACCGCUGCUGGACGUUGAGAAGGGCGUACCCGAAGAACACGCCACGGCGUCGCCUGCGGACGAUGGGGGCGUGGAAGCGACGAAGUGGCUGUCCUGCCGGCGCUUUUUCCAGGUGUUCUUGGCCGUUGUGUGGCUGUACAUGGUGAAUCAGAUGAGGAUAGCCUAUAACGCCUACGAUGACGACGAAACGAGACCGUUCAUGGUGUUUCUGCUGGUAGUGAUGGCCUUGAGUGUCGCCAACGUGUUUCUCUUGUUCAGCACACAGCCUUUGUACCCUCCGGCACAAUCUGCCUCCGUGCUUCACUGAUUUGUUUGGUAGCUAGCCCGCUUUUACCACAAGUGUAACGGUCAAUUUAGCCGCUGGAAAGAUAUAUGGCAUUACCCAGAUUUGUGGCAUGAAUAUAUGGCAGUGUGUA